UCUUCAUUUUACAUAUGAUACAAUUUAGUGCUAAAAUGGCUAUAUGGUUGGUCUUUCUUUUAUCAGUCCUCCUAGAUUGUAAUGCAGAGGAGCCGCAUCUUCUUGUAAAACGAGGAGCUAGACCCGAAAACUGCUAUCACAAUUGCAACGGAGAACAUGAAACAUGCAUUUACACAUCGCAGACUCAGUAUUAUUGUCGAUGUGAUGUGGGAUGGAAAGGGGAACACUGUAAUAGUAUAGACUGUUCCUACUCUGGCUACUGCAUAAAUGGUGGCACGUGCAACCCGAGUCCCGAUCAAACAAACUACACAUGCAAAUGCGCCAACGGAUGGACCGGAAACAAAUGUCAGACUGUUGACUGCUCAUAUGUCGGUUACUGUUUAAAUGGGGGCACGUGCCAUUUGACUUUGGGAGGUGCAAAUCACGCUUGCACAUGCGCCCCGGGAUGGACGGACAUCAAUUGCCAUAUCAGAGAUUGUUCAUACAGUGGCUACUGUGUCAAUGGCGGGACCUGCAGUUUGAGUAACGACAGAUCCAACUUCAGUUGCAAAUGUGUGGACGGUUGGACGGGGUCUAACUGUCAGAAAAGAGACUGUUCGUACCAUGGCUACUGUGCAAACGGUGGCACGUGUCAUCUGAGUUCCGACGGAGAGAGAUAUUAUUGCAGUUGCGCUUCGGGAUGGACGCACAGUAACUGCCAAACAAGAGAUUGUUCGUACAGCGGCUACUGUGUCAAUGGCGGGACCUGCAGUUUGAGUAACGGCGGAUCCAGCUACAUCUGUAACUGUGCGGACGGCUGGAAAGACAAUAACUGUCAAAAAAGAGACUGUGUAACGGGCAGCUAUUGUAACAACGGGGCUUCAUGUUCUGAAGUGGCUAGUGGAUACGAUUAUCAAUGUACAUGUACCAGCGGAUGGAAAGGAAGAAACUGUCAUCUUAUAGAUUGUGCUACGGGGAAUUAUUGUGCUAACGGAGGAACGUGUUCUGGUGUCUCCAAUGGGUACGAUUAUCAGUGUGCAUGCACAAGCGGUUGGAAGGGAAGAAACUGUCAUCUCAGGGAUUGUGCAACAGGAAGUUAUUGUAACAACGGGGGCACCUGUUCUGAAGUUUCCAACGGGUAUGAUUACCUUUGCGCAUGCACUAACGGGUGGAAGGGGAGAACCUGUCAUCUACGAGACUGUGCGACGGGAAGUUACUGUAACAACGGGGGUACUUGUUCAGAAGUCUCCAAUGGAUACGAUUAUUUUUGCACGUGUACCAGCGGAUGGAAAGGACUUAACUGCAAACAUAGAGACUGUUCAUACACUGGCUACUGCAUAAAUGGUGGCACGUGCAUCCAGAGUUCCGGUCAAACAAGAUACACGUGCACAUGCGCCAAUGGAUGGACCGGAAACAACUGUCAGACUGUUGACUGUUCGUACAGCGGCUACUGUGUCAAUGGCGGCAGCUGCAGUUCGAGUAACGGCGGAUCCAGCUAUACUUGCAGCUGUGCAGGCGGUUGGACCCGACCGAACUGUGAAACAAGAGACUGUACGUACAGCGGCUACUGUGUCAAUGAUGGGAACUGCAGUGUGAGUAUCAAGGGAUCUAGCUAUACCUGCAGCUGUGCAGACGGAUGGACAGGCGAUAAUUGCCAGACAAGAGACUGUUCUUAUGGAAGCUACUGUGUAAACGGAGGAACGUGUUAUCUUAGCUCAGACGGCACAAGUUACACGUGCUGUUGCUCUGCAGGAUGGACAGGAGUCAACUGUCAAACAAGAGAUUAUGGAGAUGAACCAAAAGACAAUGUUUCUACACAAGCACCUACUAACAAUGAGGAUUCGAUUAUUUAUUCCGUUGUUACGCCGAUUGCCGUCGGUGUUGGGCUUGGCUUGUGUGUUCUUGGUGGUGGACUGAUAUAUUGCAAGAGGACAGGUAGACUCUGUUUCUCACAUCGACCCGAUGGAGCAAACAAAGAAAGCGACCAAACCAAUUUGUCAACUAUGUCUAAAAGGGACGAGUGCAAGGAUGACGAUGAAGAGUAUACGACUAUUGACAGAUAUGAUAAUUUUGGAAUGAGUCUCAAGGCCGUUUAUAAUCAAAUCGAAGACAUAAAUGGCGGUGAAAUGGAUACAAACAAUUCAAAAACGGACAAUUGCGGUACAUAUUUGAAAUUGGGAAAGAGAAAAAGCAGGUCUGAUGCAAGCAAUGAUCUUGAUGGCUAUCAAUACUUGAAUUGCGAACAGGAGAAUGAGGGAGUUGUUGUGUAUAACAACUUGCUAUUAAAUCCCUGAUAUAUUUGCUAAAAAACGGAUCAUCAUUAUGAGACUGUUAUCGUUUUUCGCUUUACUAAAGGGCGAUACGUUUUCCAUAUAUUUGUUAAGAUGUUAUCUAUAGCAUCACUUUUAUUUUGUUGAUUUUUGUAAUAUCAUUAUUAAUACUAAGUAAGAUUUCUUAACAUGGUUGUGUCUGUAGUUCUAUUACAUACAUGGUUACAAUUAUAGAAGAUGUCUUCUGCACGUGAUCGAAAAGAAAAUACCAGGUUAUAUUCCGGAUGAUACAGAGUAAACUUAUUGUGUCUUUGCUCACCCCUUCGGUCAAGAUAUAAUAAUGUUAUUUGUAAGUUCAGUGUAUACUAAUUUCCAUUAACUCGAUUAUGACGAUUAUUUUGAAUGAUGAUCUAAAACAUGUUUAUAUUUGUUUCGUAAGGUAAUGCCGCUGAGCUCCAAUA